AGGUAUUCCCCAGGCUCGGGUGAUAACCUGCUGGGGAACUCCCUCCUUCCCGGCAGCGCCCUCAACGGCUCCGGCUGGUGCAUAUUCGUGUAUAACCUGGCCCCCGAGACCGAGGAGAACAUCCUGUGGCAGCUGUUCGGGCCCUUCGGCGCGGUGCAGAACGUGAAGGUGAUCCGGGACCUGCAGACCAACAAGUGCAAGGGCUUCGGCUUCGUGACGAUGACCAACUACGACGAGGCGGUGGUGGCCAUCCAGUCGCUCAACGGCUACACGCUGGGCAACCGCGUCCUCCAAGUGUCGUUCAAGACCAACAAGCACAAGAGUUAAGGUGGUGGUCCCCUCCAGACGUCCGGGCUCCAGCCGCCGUGCCGCAGCCCGGGGGCCGGCUGCCGCGCCCUCCCCCGCGGGGCGGGCGCGCCACACGGCCUCCGACGGCGUGGCCAGGACACGGGGGCCAUGUGCUAGUCAGGGCCUCGCGAGGACCCCGGGCGACCCACUCCGCUCCCCGGCAGCAGCAGCAGCAGCAGCAGCGCCCGGCUCGCGUGGGCCGGCCCGGGCUGGGGCCAUGGCCGCCGGAGGUCGCCGCGGCCCCUGGGUCCCGCCCCCUGCUGCCCGGACUGGGCCCCUCCCCCCGCCGCCACGCGUGGCGGGGGGGGCGCGGAGGGCGUCUGGUGCCCGCACCCGCCAUCCAAAUAUAUGUAUAUUAGAACGUACUUACUACAAACACUUUAUCAAGAGUCAUAUGAUCGUAUUAUCCCAAAGCAGAACUAGUCGGCUAAGUGAGUAUGUAUCACAAGGUGCUAGUUGCACUAAGGCCAGUAGUGGGCUCGGUCCCGAGUGCCGCUCUUCGCUGAUAUCAUUAUUCUGUAAGUUGUCAAGUUGUCGAGUCCUCAAAACCGCGAGUGUGAAUGGGUUCGCGCUGACCGCGGCGCACGCGGGUGGCGGCCGGGACGGGCGGCGGGCGCGGGCGGCGUGGGGCGGCGGCGGCCCAGAUCGUGCGCCCGCCCGCCCACCGCCGCCGCCGUGCCCGCCCGCACGCCCACCGCCGCCGCCCCGCCUGCGCGCGCCGGUCAUGCGCUCUUAUUUAUUGAUAUUUAUCUCAUAUUUAAUGCUAAGUGUAUUUUAUUGUCUUUACUAAUGUACACUUAAGAGAGAAAAGUGUAACGGAAUUAUGUUGCCAGUCUGUGGAAAAUAGUCAAGUAUUUUUUGUGUUGAUUUAUACGAUGAGUAUCAAUAGAAUCUCAUUUUUUUCCCUUCGACUUCUCUUCUCCUCUGCUCCGUCUCCUCCUUCCUUCCCGCCUUUCUCUCUUCCCGCUCUUGUUCUCGUUCUCGUUCUUAUUCUUUUUAGGUUGUGCCUCUUGCUUGGUAGUCACGAAAGCAAGGAUUCUAGUCCUGAAUUAAGUCAGUUUAUGUAUUUCGUAGGUUAAUUUUCCUAGGAGUAGUGUUCAUGUUCAUGAAUAAUUUACAUGUGAGGAAAUGAUAUGUUUCUUGCAUCUUAUGAUUGUGAGAUUUUCAUUUUUAUUUUAUUCUUUUUUUCCUCUUUGUUUUAUUUCUUUGUAAUACACCCAAAUGUCAAAAAAUCACCAUUUUAGUUCUGAAUGGCUGGGAAAAUAAAUUUAGUUUGUUUAUUUGA